AUGUGUAAAAACGGAGUAUCGUUUGUACGUGGAAGUGGCCCAUCACUUUACCUCCGAGGCAUCGAGUAUUUAUCGAUUCUUUGCUAUGUGGAUUCUUUUGAUAUUUGUAUAUAUUUCCAGUAUAAGUACACGUCACGUUGGAGAAUUAUUGUGCAGACAAUGUGGAGCAUCGAUAACAAGGCAAUCGGAAUUAAUAAAUAUAACUGGGGUUGACCAGUCACAGCUGCAGUAUGAAUAUGAUUUCCCAUUAGCAGGAAAAACGACCAAAGUGAAUGUGCUCACAAAUCCUGAAAAUCAAAAAUUUCACGUGUUUGGCGCCAAAACUGCUCAUCUGCAUUUUCACGGAACCCCCCAAUCUCACGCAACGUGGUAUCCUGGCUACAAAUGGACGAUUUGUCUUUGCAAAUCUUGCAGUCGUCAUAUGGGAUGGUAUUUCGAGCCAGAAAAGAGCACAGCCGUGUCGGAGAAGAAAAGCUUUGUUGGAUUGGUUCUCGACAAUGUCAUUUCAGCAGACUACGUCGAUACGCUCACCAAAGUUCCCGACUUCUGAAUGCCUUCUGAAAAAUCGUUCAUUCCUUCUCAGUUUUUCUUUUUUCUCUUGCCACUUUGUCUAUUGUUUUAAUAUUUAUUUGUUUGCCGAAGAUUACCAUGUUUAUUUGUUUUAUUUAAAUUAUGGGUUAACUUUUCUGUGUUUCAACUAUACGACACAUCAACAAUUACUAUCAAAAUCUUUCAUUCACAAAUUCGCUCUCAAUAAACUUUGCAAAAAACUUCCG